GCGCGCGCAGGGUGGGUGGGAGUCACUCUCUCACGGGGGCCGGCCGGGUGAGCAGCGCAGGCGGCAGCGGCUGGGCCGGACAAGAAGAACGGACACACAGCAGCGGCGACGACGACGACACACAAGUCCAUGGAGAGCCGAGUCGGAUCCUCACUCCUCCUCUCCGCUGCCGUCAGCCCCCUCUAACCCCGGGCGGGCUCUCCUCCUGCUCCGGGCGCUCGGACGCGCUGUGUGGACAGGGAGCGGCAGGGAUCGCGGUGACCGCAGCAGCAUCCGGGGAGGUUGGAGGAGCAGCCGCCUCUAUGAUGAAGUUCAAGCCGAACCAGACUCGGACUUACGACCGUGAGGGCUUUAAGAAGCGGGCGGCCUGCCUGUGUUUUAAGAACGAGCGGGAGGAUGAGAUACUCUUAGUCAGCAGCAGCCGUUACCCAGAUCAAUGGAUUGUGCCAGGAGGAGGGAUGGAGCCAGAGGAGGAGCCCGGUGGAGCUGCAGUGAGAGAGGUCUACGAAGAGGCUGGAGUAAAGGGGAAGUUGGGAAGACUUCUGGGAAUCUUUGAGCAGAACCAAGAUAGGAAGCACAGGACUUAUGUAUAUGUUCUCACGGUCACCGAAGUCCUGGAAGACUGGGAAGAUUCUGUGAACAUCGGGAGAAAGCGGGAGUGGUUUAAAGUUGAAGAUGCCCUGAAAGUCCUGCAGUGCCACAAGCCAGUGCAUGCAGAAUAUUUGGAAAAACUGAAAUUGGGGUGUUCCCCAACUAAUGGAAAUUCUGUGGUCCCACCCCUAUCGGACAACACUUCUCUGUUUGUAACGUCUGCACAGACUUCUAGCCUGCCAUCAACAGUGAGAUAAACUCUGCACUUUACAAGGCGACUUGCGCAAGCAGUGGGAAGAAAGGCAUCUUGUGUUCUCAUGCAGACAUCCUGAUAAUUAUACCUGGAUUCUCUUGCAAAAUGUGCUGAAACCAUUUUGCUUUCUUACUUUUCAAAAGGUUCUUGUUUGUUUUUUGUUUAGUUUUUAACCAUGUAAAUUAGUAUUCAUAAAAAAGCCAUAUUUUUUAUUUUUAUUUUUUUUAGAUGCCUUAAAUGGCCAUUUGUUUUCCUGUCUUAUUUUCAGUUAUUAACAUUAUCAAUGUGGCUUCUGUGCCAUGACAAUUUUUCCAACUGCUGUUUCUGAAAGGGCUUUAUCUACUGCUGGAUGCAAGAUGGGCCUUGGCAUACAGAGUAAAAGGCUCUCUACUUGUACCAAAUGUUGGCCUUCCUGCAGAGUAAAGCUAGGUUAAAUAGAACAAAGUGUGGACUCUAUCAGAUUCAGCUACAAAGAGGCUGCUGAUUGUAUUAUUGGUUAUUCCAGACUGCAGAUGUUGUCUCUGAAAACAUGCUAUACUUCAGCUAUUUACUUGUAGUUGGCUGCAGUUAAGGUCCCGUAAUUGGUCUCUGCUUCUGUUCCUGGUUUCAUGUGAUAAGAUAAGUGACCAGUAAGGUUGACACAAGUUUUGCUGAAUGCAGUAAUGUCUUUCAAGCAUUAUGUUAAGGGUGCCGAUGGGGGAGUUAAAUAUUAAGGCUGCCUUUUUAAAUCUGGUGCCAUUGCUACAUGUAUACGUUAAAUCUAUUGCUAUAGGAGAUUAGCGAAUCUACUACUCUGACCAGCCGUUACUAGUAUCCACAGCUGAUUGUGUGCGAGAAUAAACGAGGGACGUCUCGCUUUCCCCCAUCAAUGUUUCUGUUACUGGAACCUUUGUCUAAUAACGGCUAGUUAGUCAUUCAAUGCCUUUGGUUAUGGAUAGAUAUAGUAAUAGGCAGCGUAAGUGCAUGGUAUCUGGUGCUUGGGACAUUGCUUUCCUUAAAUCGGAAAUAUGUAGGAAGCUCACUAGUGUUUUUGUAAAGUCCAAAGUAAAGUUUUGUGCUCACCGGCAUCUUAUUACAUCUGCCCUUAGUGAUACAUAUAUUGAAGAUGAAUAGUUAACAUACUGAUAGAUUGGAAGAUCCAUGCAGAAGCUGACUGGCCGUGUCGGUCAGCUUAUUAACAAAACAGAUGGUAGGCUAUUGACACAGAGCAUAUUCUAUUUUCUCCCAUCAGUGUUCUGUUCAUUGCAUUUGGUUUCUCAGUAAAGACCAAUAAUCUGGUAAAAAUUCUUAAUUUCUCUCCUAACAAAACGUGGAAUGCUCUAUGGAAAAAAGUAAAGAUGUUUACAUUUUAAAUCAAAUGUUUUCUACAACUCAUGUAGAACCAAAAGCAUUGUACUGUAGCCUUGGCUGUCGGUGAAAAUUACUUUUUGGACCUUUUAUAGUAUUGGUAGACAGUUAAUCGGGGAUAAAAUGCACUAUCUUGUAUCUUGUGUGGUGGCAGCAUAUGAAGUGAAACAUCUAAGCCUUUUUUUAAAGUCUGUGGGCCCUGAGUAGUGCCUGUGGUGGUAAGGUAGUUGAUCUGAAGAACAUCUGGAUGUUCCUCACUAUUCAGAGAUGCAUGGCAAGCAAUUUUCUCAGGUUAAAUACCAUUGAUCUGUAUAUAGUUAAGAACUCUUCAUGAGACUUUGUCAGCAUAUAUUGGUCAGAAUGGGUUUAGCACAGUACCCAAAUCAUUAAGCUGUGUGCCCCAAAUGUCUUCAAAUGCAGUGUAUUUACCAGGGCUGUCUUUAUUUUACUAAAAUAAAAUGUAUUCUCAAAUAACUGAACACAAAUCCAAAAGGAAAAUACAGACCUCACCUAUAUGAUUUGUAAGUUCUACUGACUGGUCUCUUCUUCUUUCUUUCUUUUUUUUUUUUAAAGCUUUUUGAAGCUGCUAAAAAUGACCCAGAAUACUUUAGUGUGUCUGUUUCAUGAGAUCCAGCACAGAUCAGCCACUUGUAUGUGUGACAGUACAGCUCUUUUCUCCUUGCCCUUCAUAUGGCUAGGCCCACUUCAGUGUUUCAUGUUUUAUAGAAGAAAAUCACACACACAACUUCCCUCGUUCAGAAUUCCAAUUCCUUUUAUUAAUGUAAACAGAGGCAUGGCAUAGAUGCCUGUAUGCUUUUCUUAUUAAGUUGGUCCCCCAGGUUGUACCACGAGCACCUGUAGAUAAUCUGUAACAUUGCUUCCAAUGUGAAUGUUAUAUUCAGUGUAAAAAAUUCAUUUUUUUUGUAAAUAAUCAAACAAGUAAAUUAACAGCGAGUGCACAAAGGAUUGUUGUAAUUUAAACUUUUUGUUACUCAACACAUUGUUUUUCUUUUACUUUUUUUUCUUUUACUUUUUUUUCUUUUACUUUUUUUUUUUUUUAAACACAUACUGUGUAAAAUGCUGCUAUAAAUUAAAAUACUUGUGAGUACUUUUUAGAGUUUUUGUUCAAGAAAGAAUGGUGCCACAGUUGUCCUGUCUAAUAUACAUGUGCCAUAUUAUUGCCUUUAAGCCUUUUUAUAUACAAUUAUUCAUUUUUUUUAAUUUUUUUUAACAGUAAUGUUUGUAUCAUGCAUAUUUACAUUGCUUGACCCAUUUAUUUUUUUUUCUUUCUCCUUUUUCUCUCCAUUAAUGGAACCACUUGGUGAUCUUUACCUCCUAAAACUGUAUUUGGAAUGUCUCCUUUACUUCUCUGCUUUAGUUGAAUGAGUUCAUCGUUUGUUCCUAGCACCAAUUAGAAAACAGCCACGAUUGAAGUCAUCUUGACCAUUAAGACUAAUAUUUGAUUUGUGUGGUUUUUUUUUUUUUUUAUCCUCUCAGAAUGUAAAUGUGCAAAUAAAUCUUCAGUUAGGGCUGAAAGUACAGGAAUACAUAAUGAACAUUACCCCAUGGUAAUUAGUAUUACCCCUUAGACAGAAAGGGCUCAUGCAAAUGCCUGCCUUCCUGUGCUAAUGGUGUCCUAUAUGAGGCACCAUAUCCUAUAAAAGCACAGGUGUUAGCUGGCUCACAGCUCCCCUGAACAAGUCUGCACAGUGACCAUCAAGUGAUUUUAUACAUCUCAUACUUAAUAAUUUGCUUGGAUUUAAAACAAAAACAAAAAAAACGAUUUUGCGUGGCUUUUUUCUUUUAGUGAGGUAAGAGAAAACUGUUUUUAAUACUUCCUGAAUUCCAUGAUAACUUUCACAGAAUUUGAUGGGCAAUAUAUAGAAAUUAUAGAAAAAAAUAAAUGUUGAACUGUAUUCUGUCAUAAGCACUUGCUGUAUAGAAUGCCGAUGAACCUUUCCUAAGUAUAGACUUUAGACCACCACCACCAUUUGAAAUGUGCGUUUUUUUGGUCAGAUACUCACAAUACCACUUAAUUAGCUCUUAGAUGUCGUAUCAUUUCUAUGUGUAAGGGUAAAUUGACAUAGCUCCCUGUACAGUUCCAGUCAUUCUCUGAAACAAUUGAACAAGAGUUUUGGAUUCUUCAGAAAUGGUCUCACAUGAGUGUGUGUAUAUGAUUAUGUAGUAGGUAUUGCAGGGCUGAGGCUGAUAUUUUGGAUGAUGUGAAUUUUACUAGUUUGUGGAAGGGUUUUUUUAUUUUUAGAUGGAAUAUUCCCUAAUUUGGGCAAACAGCCGUUGACUUGUCUAUUGAUGGGACUCAAUGGUUCCUAUUGGUAUUUCACGCCAAUUUCUUACUAAUAGCACCAUUUAAUGAUCACUGGUUAAUGCCAAUGUGGUGUAGCGCCCGAUGUAAAUGUUUUGUUGGUGCAUAUUUGGGAAGGUUGUGUUUGUAAGAAGGUGUAGAAGUGAUCAUUACCAACCCAGUCAUAUGGUGUGAGCUCUACCAACAAUUGCAUUACAUAUCAUGACUUGCAUUGUACAUAAGUCUUGUUAUGAAGGUAAAAUUGUUACAAUGGAAAAUUGGUCGGCUUGUGACCAUUCAUUUUAGUGGCUUUACUGCAUGGACUUUUUACCAGUACAAAAUGUAUUUGAUAAGUGUAAAAAAAUAUGUACAGCAUUAAUGCAAAUUAACUCAGUUGAUGGCCUAUACAUUUGUUUCAUUUGGGUUUAGUGUAUGCCAUUUAGUCCUUGGUUAUAUGUGUCAAAAUAACACAGCAGUUACUGAACACAGUCUCUAUGCAAUGUAAUUAGCUACUGGUUAUUAAACAGCCCUGCUAAGUAACUCAGUCGUUUUUCUGUAGACCUAUGUAAUCUCUUCAGGUUUUUUGCCCAUUGUUUUGUCUUAAUGCUAUCCUUGUAAUAUUGUGCUAGGUGAGAUAGUGAACUGUUUUUCUUCUGGUGGCUGAUUAAGCUUCAGACAAGGUGAUCCUGACAAACCGUUUCCAAUAUGGCCACACAAGGAAUGAGCUAAAUUGGGAAGGCACGGUUUGUCUUGGGUUCACAACUGGCCAGUAUGGUUCUAUUUUAUCAAAUCUGAUCAGAUUGUCAUGUGUGGUGAACUUUAAGGUUUAAGGAAGCUUGUGAGGCAGUUUAGUCCAAUUUUUCCCUUUGUACCUAUACCCUUCUCUGGGAUAUUACUUUCCCAUUCUAUACGAGUCCCAAUGAGUAUAAAUGAAACCAUUCAGAAGUCAGACUUGAAUUUCAUAUCACAGUACACUAGCGCCUUAAUUUUAAAUGUCACAUAAAAGCAGUAAUUGUAGUAAAUGCUGGAAUCUUAAAUGAAUGUGAAAUGCCUGUUGCUUUCAUUGUCACUGUGUAGGUAUAAUAUAUAUAGCACAUGGGAACAUGUAUAUACUUCAAUAACCCAUAUCGAAUUGUACAAAUUUUUCACUAUACAGAAAUGGGCUAGAUAAAUAUUACACAAACUUUUGUGGGUUUUUUUAAUAUAUAUUUUGGUUUUUUUUUGUGUGGAACAAUCAAAUGUUCAGCUAUGAAUUUGUUUAUUAAAAAUUGGUCAUUCAAAAAAUUACAAUGUCAAAUAUUCCCUGUCACUUUUAAUAUGCAUUAUUUAAACUUUUAUGAGCCAAAUAGAUUUGUUUUACUGUGAUAUAUUUUGUGAGCUUUGAAUGAUUUGGGCUACGUACACACUGGCGUCACAAGUGUUAAAAUGUGCUACAAGCACAUGUAAAUGUGAAAAGAAAAAUGUUUGUGCAAGUAACUUGCACUGAAGAACAUUUCCUGUCACUUUGUUCCUUUUCAGUGCAUAUGUCACACAUCAGUCGUGUUCAGCUCAGUUUGACUACACUGGGUAAAGUGUUUUAUAUUUGGCUUAAUCGAGAACAUUUACCAAACAGAGAUUUCCAAAUUUCAGUUGGAACUAUGUUGUAAACUAUAGAACAGUGGUUGCCAAACUUGGGGGCAGAUUUAUUAAGCUCGGUGAAGUGAUAAAGUGGAAGGUGAUAAAGCACCAUUCAGCUCCUAACUGUCAUUUUUCAAACCCAGCCUGUAACAUGGUAGCUAGAAUCUGAUUGGCUGGUCACCUUCCACUUUAUCACUUCACCGAGCUUAAUAAAUCUGCCCCUAUGUCCUCAAGGCACUCUACAGUCCAGGUUUUAAAGAUAUCCAUGCUUAAGCACAGAUGAUUUAAUUAGUAUCUCAAUCAGUUUGAGUAAACCAUCUUUAAAACCUGGACUGUUAGGGUACCUUGAGGACCGAGUUUGAGUACCACUGCUAUAGAAAACAUAUUACACAUCGCAGCUAAUGUGCAUUGUAUUUGAGGUUUUUUUUUAAUACAAGUGUGGACGUAGCCUCAGGCUGGUUGUAGUUGCUUGAUAGCUAUGAAAGUGGUUUACUGAUUGCUUUGUAAGUUUUCUUCUAAAGAUGUGUGUAUGAAGUGUUAAUGGUGCUUUUUUAAUUAUUUUUUUUAAAUAGAUGAGGAAUAAUUAAUAAAGUUAAUUCUGGCGUGCAGUCCAGUUUUUCAUUAAUAUGUCAAUUUAGAUUUCAGGCUCUUUGUAGGGAAUUGCAGCUCAUGCAUGUUUGUGAUGCUUUUUAAAGUCCUGCUGACACACUGGGUAAUUGAUACGUCUGGAUGCAAUAACCCAAGUAGGUGAGCAAAUGUAAAGCAAUUGAUUUUUUUACAAAACAUGUAGUGCCUGUGGGCUACAAAGUUGUGUGAUCAGAUUUUGUUAAAAGCAUUGCACACAAUGAUCUAAAUUGGUUGUUCUAACCUGAACAGGAAAAAUGCAUUUCAUUCUUUUAAAUCCAAAUGUAUAUUCACGCUUUAUAGUGUUGUCAUACUUCUUUGUCAAUUUCCCAAUGUUCUUAAGAAUCAUACAAAAGAAUUGAUCUUUCUGAUAAUUUGCUUUGAGCUGCAAUUUUGCACUAAAAGGAAUAUAAAGUUUAGCAGACAAAUUCACAGUCCUGUUCAGUGGUGUGUGCUCUAGUACCCUGCACCUAAUCAGUGAGGAGGGCAGAUUUUAAUUGUAGCGAUACUUCACGUCUAAAAUUUUGCCCUUCAAGAUUAAACUCUGCCCUCCUCACUGAUUAGGUGCAGGGUGUUAAAGUGAACACUACUUACUCAGUAAAGUGUGGGAUUUGGUGGGCAAACUAUAAUCUAUCAGAGAUUGCAGAAAGUACACCACUCCCUUACAGCGUAGAGUAUUUGCAGCUCUAAAAAAAUUCAGAAUCUUCUGUUUUUAAGAAAAAAUUACCUUUUUUUUAUGGCACUGGAAGUGAAACUGCCCUUCUGCCGAAAUUACAAUCUUUCACGUUUAGCUUUAAGAAAGUGAUUUCCAUUAGGUGGCCUAAAUUUUGGAAAAUUCAUUUACUGCGUACUUCUCUAGAUCCAAUGAACUGGUUUUUUAUUUAAAUCUCGCAGUCAUGUUAAUGCUUAUGACAGCUUGUUUGGUAAUAUAAUGGUCUUCAGAAAUAAUAAACAGAGUUAUGUGAAGAGGGUGACAAACCGAUUGUAAAGGAAUACUAAUGGUGUGUACACAGUGCCCCCCCUCUAGGUCACUAAUGAUAUCGCACAGUGAUGUCAUGCCGUGGCCGGCUGGAGAAUGCAGCUUUGGACGAUGAGUCCAAAUUGAGCUGCAUACAAUGGCCAAGACGAGGGUUGUUAACGACCCACAGGGCUGCACAUCGCUCUGCGGUGGAUGCAUUCACACUAUAUCGCUCAGGAGGGGGAAAAUUAGUAUAUAUCGCUAAGUGUGUACCCACCUUAAUAGAGACAAAGAUGUUGUAUCAGCAAGUGUUUUCGGUUACCAAAUGAAAUUUGAAUCGGCAGCAUGCCACCAUACUGCACAUCCCACUUUGUCUCUAAGGGGCUUCUAGUGUGGAAGUGUGAAGGCCUCUAACACUUGAACUGCAAGGAAUUUAGAGCAGUAAAUAUGAAAAACGCAGUGGAACAUGUGCCACUAUGGGUUGAGGUAUGAGUCAGUAAAAAGAGUGAAGCAGUUGCCCAAAGCAACCUAUCAGCAUCCAUCUUUUUAUACGGUGUACUUGAUAAAUGCUUUCGCAAACUUGAUUGGUUGCUUUGGCAACUUCUCCACUGGUCCACUUCUCAUCUCUUAUCACUGCUUGAUACAUCAGCCCCUAUGACAUUAAGGUAUGUUACAGAAGUGACUGUAAAGACACAAGUUUAGGAAAAAGGGUUUGCUCUGGUCGUCAUUUCCCUUCUCGGGCACAAAAAAAAACAUAGAUAAGACCAGCUCCUUCCUGUCUUAUCUACAUUCUCUGGUUGUUUUAGUGUAGAUGUGGAAAAAAUGCUAAUUACACAUUAGCUUAUCUGAAUUGUUUUCCUUGCAUAUUAUGUACAAUGUCUUUGUCCGUGAGCAUCAGUGUUUUCCAAACUUGUACAGAAGCACCUCCGAUAUCUUUCGUCAGACAGUGGAUGGAAGAAAAGAUUACUUGUGUGACAUGGUCACACGUGAACUAUUAAUAUAAAAGCGACCAUGUAAAUAGACAGAGAUUUAACAAAUACAUAUCAAAGCCAGGUUUAAGGUUAUCCGUAGAAUGAUAUUGCAUUUUUGGGGAUUAUUUGGAAUUGUUUGCAUGUGGGUAUUUUUAAGAUUUGUGUAAAAUCAAUUUUUAUAUUGAAGAGAUGUUCAAAAUAAAAGUAACUGAAAAUC